AUGGCAACCGAAACGGAACGGCAAACGGAAGAACCCGUUUCGGGUGCCAACACGGGACAUGGGAUGGUGAACCCCAAUACCGUACAGCUUAUCAGUUCCAUUUCGAUCGCCAUCCGCUGUAGUCGUCCCGCCAUGGUUGAAGAUCGCCGAUAUCGUUGCGGUAGCUGCCCGCGCAGCUUCCAGUACAUGGCACAUCUGACCGUUCACGAGCGCAUCCACAGCAAAGUCCGGCCGUACAUGUGUCCGGAGUGCGGCAAGCAGUUCAUCCAGUCGGGCCAGGUGGCUCGCCAUGUGAACGGAGUUCAUCGCCGUGCCAGGCCGUACGUUUGUGAGCUUUGUGGGGCGCGGUUUGUCCAAUCUGGGGCGUUGGACACUCAUCUGAAGGGUCACCGGGGCGAGUGGGAACGGUGUGAGGAUUGUGGGAAGGAGUUCAGCCACGUGUGGAGUUUGAAGCGACAUCGGAAGGUGCACGAAGAAGUGGCGGUUGAAGAGGAUGAUGUUGAGGAGGUUGUGCAGAGUGCAGUUGGGGUGGAAAGUUUGGAAGUUGUAGAGUCAACGAAUCUUGUUGUUCAGGAGAUUCCGGAAGAAACUAACGAUGUUGUGAAAGCAGGACGUACUACUAAGCUGUUACCUUGUGACGUUUGCGGUCGUAGCUACACCAGUUGGUACCUGAAGAUCCACAAACGAGGUCAUUCUGGAGAACGUCCCUUCCAGUGUGAACUGUGUCUCAAAUGUUUCAAACGACCGAACGAGCUGAAAACCCACCUUCGACGACAUUCCGGAGAACGACCCUUUCGAUGCUCCAUAUGCUUCAAGCAGUUCACCCUGUCCGGACAGCUGAAGAAACACGAGCGCGUGCACAGUGGAGAAACCCCGUACGAAUGUGGCGUCUGCGGCAAAAAGUUCAAACGUUGGGGUCACCUUCGAAGCCAUCGCAGACUGCACAACCCAGUGGAGUUGUUCAACUGUGACCAGUGUUCCCGCCAGUACACCCAAGCUGCCCAGCUCAAGAUUCACCUGCGAAAGCACCUCCAAAUGCGAACCUACUCCUGUGGAGUUUGUGACAAAAGUUACUUCAAGCCAUCGAUCCUCAAAGCACACCUCAACUGUCACGUCAAGACACGAACCCUAAAUUGAUUACCUCACCAUUGUCUAACCGCCGUAAAAGUGCAUUCAAACUGAAAGAGGUGUGCAUAAAAGUGCAAUUUAUCAACGUGUCCGACAGUUGAAAAGAGGCAAGAAUCAAUAUCGUCGAUUCUCACCUGUCAGAGCCCAACCCCCCCCGUUGGUGAUGGUGAAUAGAUGCAUUGGGACCUAACCUAAAAGGCGCGAAUUCUGCAUGAUUGAUUACAUUUGCGUGCGGAGGCAGCGGAGUCCCGGAGUCGUUCAGUGGAGUCCGCUCUCUUGUCUCAGGAGCUUAGCCGGCGUGACAAAAAGUGAUUCAUCAUCGUUCCCAACCUCCUGUCUGUCCUGAAGUGUUUUGUGUGUGGUAAAAGGAAAACAUACGAGUUUUUCCAAGAACCACUCCGUGUUUCCAAGGGAAAAACGCAGAAUCGUACGUUGUAAAGGGGUGGUGUUUAUAUGUUUACUUGUUUGUUUUUUUUAUAAUUGAGUGUCUUUCUUUUAGAAUGAAGAUAGAAAAUAUAAAUUUUUAAUAACUGUACUCACAGUUUGCUUUUUUGAUCAUGAAUAAUAGAAGAAGUUAUAAUGUCAGAAAAGUUAGUUUAGAGAAGACCAUUUUAUGAGGUACGCCUGUGUGAUUAAGCCUUU